AUGUUGCUGGCCUUGGUGGGAGAUGAGAUGAGUGAUCUGGUCAUAGACGCCAUCGACCGUCCACCCUUAUUGUGGUGCCUGGCCCUGCUACUCGCAGCGCUGCAACGCGACCGACGCCUGGCGCCGGCGCGCAGCAGCUGCGAGCUGGUGGAUGCCUCGUUGGUGCUGCUGACGGAGCUGGUGCCGCUGAUCUUCGCGCUGCGCGGCUUCUUGCUGCGCCGGGGGUUCUGGCACGGCUACAUGCAAGGCGGCCUGGUCGCCGCCUUUCUGCUGACUCUGGCAGUGCUGUUGGCGGAUCUGGCGAUUGCCGUGCACGGGCUGCACGCGCAGCAGGCCUUACGACAUAUCUAUCACGUCCUGGACAAACAUAAGAUCUUUCCGGGCAUCCUUUCGGUGCGCUAUGAAACCUUUCGAUCUCAUUUCGAGGUGGUUUCCACCGUUGAAACGGACAGAAACUGCAACCGUCUCGCGACUCUGCUGUACUGGUCGGGUCGGCGGCUGGCCACUGUGCUGUCGGAUGGCUGGACGGUGGUGACGGCGGGACAGCACCUGGGGGUUCCCACCGUGCUGGCUGGAUGGACCAUCAUCUCUGCCCUGGCCAUGCAGGAAGUGAUUGACUUUCCUGUGUCCAUCAGCGCCAUCAUGAUGGUGGUCACCGUGACCACUUUGUCCAUUAAGAUGGCAUGGACCUUCCCGGACAUUGCAGGCCCCUUCUACACGGUGAUCCUCAUCUUCUUCAUCUCAGCAGCCCUGGGAUUGCAGGCGGGAGGAGCUUUUUCUUUGGGUCCAAAGAACGUGCAGCCCUUAAUGACGGCCAGAUUUGCAGCGCCAGGUGAUUUGCCUCCGUGGCGCGGGAACAAUCUCCCACCCUACGCGGCCUGCCAUAUCACCUGGGGUUCUCCCGCUGCGCCGGUGACGUUACUGGACUUGGCAGCCCUGGCACUGAUUGCCUACGAAGAAAACUGCGAUGAAAUGGGACGGUUGCUUCAGGAGAGCUUUGGAUCGCGCUCUCCGAGGUUGGAACAUUGCAGCACCUACGAUGCUUUGCCGCGUUGGGUCUCGGUACGCUUCUCUCCCGCGCGGGGCAUCGGACGUGGCACCCGGGUCUUUGCCUUGAAGGGAACCAGCUCCUGGAGAGACGUCUAUGCCGACAUCAAGCUCUUCGCCACCAUUGAGGUGUUGCAGGCCCUGUCAAAGAUCGUGCCCAUCUUGUCCCUGCUGCCAGUAGCCUUGGUUCAGAGCAUAGUGGGAUUCACAGGCAAUGCAGAUGUUAAACUUUGGAAUGAACUGGAGGAUAGCAUCAUGGCCGGUCAAAGCGAUGGAGAUGCGAUGGUCUUGACGGGCCACUCCCUGGGCGGACUCAUCGCUCAGAUUGUCGCGGCCAGGCAACAAUUGCCCGCAUUGGUCUUCUCAUCGCCAGGUGUGCUGUACUCUGCGCGGCGCUUCCAGAUUUUGCCCGAAAGUGCUCGGCAUGUGGUGGUCCUGGUGCCUGAUGGUGACGUCAUUAGCACCGUGGAUGAGCAAGCAGGAGUGGUGCAGCGGAUCGCCUGUUUGGAGAAGAAUGGCCAGGCCGCCUCCGCCGCCAAAUGUCACCGCUUGCGUAAGACGGCCUGUGAGGUCUGGCGAGCCUGUGGGGAUCCCUGGGCCCGGGACUUCUCAAACACAUGCGGAAGCUACGUCUCGGCAGAUUCCUUGGGCAAGCCUUUGGUUGAACCUGUGGCCGACCCGUGGCAGGUGGCCCAAAGUGAGAUGGGGAUCAACCCGCUCGCCCAGGAAGUUGAGUGA